CACUGAACACUUACACAUUUGGUGCUCUAUGAAGAAAGAAAGAAAAAAAAAACAGGCACAUCAGCCUCAAAGCAAUUUAGUCUCUUCAUAAUAAAUGAAAUCAUCCUUUUUUCCCUGCAUUUUUCCUGCUCUAAGGUAAGACUCAAACACCAGCACUGUUCUGGAACUGCUCCUAGUGGAUUUGUUCUUGGCCUUCUCUUUCUCUGCAUCAUUAUGCUUCCUCUUGACCAUAAUAUUUAAAGAUUUGGAAUUAACAUUAAACAGUGACUUCACAAGGAUUUUUAACAGAAGAUGGAUAACAACACAAAGUAUUCAGAUAAAACAGACAUUAAUAAUAUAAUGAGUAGAGUUUUAAAAGGAUCACAGACUUUUUUAGAAGUUAUUGGAGAGGUAGUCCCUUUUUGUUCAGCAGCAGCAAAAAUAAUAGGGCAAAUUCAAAAUAAUUCUGAAAGACCAGAUAUAGGAGACUUUAAAAAUCAGGUUUUACAAAUUGGUGAAAAGUUGGAUGACAUUACAAACAAUUAUUCACAAAUCAACAAUGAGAUUGAGAAACUUGGCAUGGAUGUGAAAUUUUCUAAGAUCGAGGAAAACAUUAAAACACAAUAUAAAUAUUUUACAGAAAUUUUAAAUGAAGUACCAGAGUUCAGAGUUAAAAAAACUGAAGACUUUUGUGACCACUACCUGAGAAAUAAAGGAGAGUGCAAUCUCAAUGAGCUCUAUGAUGGUGUGAUGGGAAAUGAAGAAAUAGACAUCCUGGAAAUAGUAAAAAAUUACCAGAGUAGAGAUCGUCAUGCCAUGGAAGAGUUCUGUGCUCAUCUCGGCUACCUUUUCCUCAUUGGAAUAAGUGCAUUGAUGGCAUAUGCUUCACUGACAGGUUUAGAUGUAUCAAAGAGACAGAAGGAGUGGACGGAGAAGAUGACAGCUGUACAAAGUCAAAUGACAUCUGCCAUAGAAUACUGCAUAAAGAAUUUUGAAGACCAGGCAAAAACCGACUUACAGAAGUUUACUAAAAGCAGCUACCAUGAAUUAUUGGUAGACAAAAUUUUUUGUUUCUUACAGAAAAAAUACUACUGGGUGCAAUGGUCAGUAAAAGCAUACAGGCAGCCUAAAACAUUGUUUCCAGUCUUCACACGAGAUACAAAUGAGUAUAUCAUUGGAGAGAGGCACUUUACACUAUCUGAAGCAGAUGAUCUCAAGAUUGUUGUGUCUUAUUGUGCAGAACGACAGAAAAUUGAUCUGGAGCAAAUUCAGCAAACAUUUACAGACAUAGUACAGAAAGGCAAUACAAAAGAUGUGGCAGAAGCUAUUUAUGAGAAAAUACCAAACAGUUUUGUUCAUGUCAUUAAAUCAAGCAACAACAUCACAGAAAAAAAUAACUUUUCAGAUCAUUGCUAUUAUUGUAUACAAAACAAAAACUGCCACCUAUUUGUGCAUUGUUAGUGUAGUUCUUUGCAUAUAUGUAGAUUUGCUCAUCAAAGAAAGAAGCCUCAUUUCUACAUUUUUUACAGUUUAUGACUGUUCAUGAAUCAAGAUAAAAUAGAGCAUUAAGAUGUUUAUGAGUAAAAUGUGUAAAAUUUCUACUACUGAUCAUACCUGUAAUACUGUUAUCAGAUAUUACAAAUGAAAAUAGAAGCACAAAAUAAUACUUUAGAGACAAUUGUUGAUAAUAAAAUGUGCUCUUAUUGUGUGUGCACCUCUAGCAGAGAGAGGAAACUAUAUAAAAGAGCUUUAAACACA